AGCAAGAAGCCAGCAAGAAGCCAGCAACAGGCCAGCGGCUGCAACACUCAAACGACGACGAUGAACACGACUAGCAGUGACGAUUGUAACAGCAGCCAGGUCACCGCUGUGGUCUCCAAGUGGGUUGUGGACUUUCUUUUUAACACUAUUUGUCGACGGUUUAAAGAGAGAAGUCACGAUGCCUUCAAUGACGCCAUCUCCACUUAUGAAUCCCAUUCUCAGACAGCAAUAUUUGAAGGAGGAAGCUCACAAGAGAAAACGCUCAUCUGCGCUUUCCUUGCUCGGGUCAUGCAAGGCAAGAAGUUGGACGUCCGAUUUAACGACGACGAUGACGUGAUGCCGCUUAUGUCAGCGGCCAAAACUUGGUUUCACCUGAAAGAUGCUGUGGAGGAUCAAACCUUGUUUGAGGAAAUCAAUGCUCACCUCAUCGUACAGGCUGUAGCCUUGUGCUUGGAGAAAGGCCAAAGAACGCAGGCGCGCGGUGCCCUCCGGUGGUUCGACGAGCACGUCGAAUGCCCGCCAAAAGUGGCAGCCAAACUCUCCAACAUUGUGGCGCAGAUGGACACCUACCACCCGUACCUCACCGUGUUCAGUUUCGAUGGACUGCUGGAGGUGGUUCAGACCUUCCUGGACGCCUACCUGGCCAAGAAUCCGACCGACUUCCUUGCCAAUGAAGCCGUCAAGAAGAUCCAGUGUUCCGGCAGUACGGAUGCCACAGACGGCGUGGCCACGGAAGACAAGUCUCUCUUGGAGAAGGUGGACCACGCGAGACUCCAGACCAAGACAGAAGCAAAUCUCCAAGUGAGCAAGAAGCUGCAAGUGUCCCUCCAAUGGCAAUCGGUCAACAAGUUAUUGGCCACUGACUUGUCGACUGAUGCGGACAAGCAAAGCGCGGAGGCCUUACAAGACACCACUCUCGCCGACGUUGAGUAUGGACUACCGAAACGUAAGGUUCGCUCGGCAAAAAGCACCUCCGCCUCUGGCAGAAGACUGUUCUCCAGCAAUUGCUCACAGAUGGACGCGUCGCCGAAACCCGCGGCGACGGCACGUGACGCAAAGACAGCAGCAGCAGCACCUGGGAACGUCCGCUUGUCCGCUGAAGAUAAAGCCGACCCAUCGGGGGAGACGGCUGCAACGGCAAAACGCAAACUUUUGUCCUCGAAAACAAAUACGUGGGAGGAGGAUGCUCAGAAGGAGCCACCGUCCAAGAAAGAUCUCGACACUUCUGUCGGCAGUCCGCGGCGCAGGACUCAUCGGAAAUGGACGCACGAGCUGGAUCUUAGGCUGUUGCAGGGCGUCCGCACUCAUGGCAAAGGCAAGUGGAGUCGCAUCCUGCAGGAUUAUGACUUUGAGGGCCGCACCGGGGUGAUGCUGAAAGACCGCUGGAGGAUUCUGGAGAAGCUCCACAAAGUGGACUAAGAAGAUCAAAGGGACCUCUCUAUGGGUGCUUUCUAUUGUACAUAGUUUGUGGGUUUUGUUAUGUUUGAUUGUAU